CGCGAGUGGCGGGUGUGAUAAGAAAUUCUGGAGGGUCGCACGGGAGCUGCUGUUGUCAUUGUUGGUGUUGUUCUAUCGUGUCAGGAGACUGCAAGAUUGGAGACCCGUCACUGAGUUGUCUGCCGUGCGAUGGCGCUUCUCCGGGGCGUAUGGGGCGUGCUGAGUGCCCUGGGCAAGUCUGGAGCCGAGCUGUGCGCGGGUUGUGGAAGUCGACUGCGCUUUCCUCUCAGUUUUGUGUGUGUGCCGAGAUGGUUUUCCUCUACCUUGGGUAGUUACCCAAAGAAGCCUUUGAGUUCAUACCUUCGAUUUUCUACCGAACAGCUACCCAUAUUUAAAGCUCAGAACCCAGAUGCGAAAAAUUCAGAACUAAUUAAAAAAAUCGCCCAGCUAUGGAGGGAACUUCCUGAUUCAGAGAAAAAAGUAUAUGAAGAUGCUUACAAGGCGGACUGGCAAGCAUACAAAGAAGAGAUAAACAGAAUUCAAGAGCAGCUAACUCCAAGUCAGAUCGUAUCUAUGGAAAAAGAAAUCAUGCAAAAACGUUUAAAAAGGAAAGCAUUAAUAAAAAAGAGAGAAUUAACAAUGCUUGGAAAACCAAAAAGACCUCGCUCAGCUUAUAACAUUUUUAUAGCUGAAAGUUUCCAAGAAGCUAAGGAUGCUUCAUCACAGGCAAAGCUGAAGACUGUAAAUGAAAACUGGAAAAAUCUGUCUACUUCUCAAAAGCAAGUAUAUAUUCAACUUGCUAAAGAUGAUAAAAUUCGUUAUGACAAUGAAAUGAAAUCGUGGGAAGCACAAAUGAUUGAAGUUGGAAGAAAUGAUCUUAUACGUCGCAAAAUGAAGCAAAGAACAAAAGAUGGCACUGAGGAAUGUUAAAAUAUAAGAUUGAGUUAUGUUCAUCAUGGAUAGGCUCAAGAAACCAAUUAGGUCUCAAUACUUGAAGCUGUUGUAAAAUUAGAAAGGAUAAAGGUCACAAACAUUUUAUACUCAAUUCCUUUUUCUUUAAGCUCAUGGACUUUUGCCGAUGUAAUACAUCUUGUAUUAGUAUUUUGCUUUGGAAAACCGACACAGAUACACGUUCCUGCUAAAUUUAUUUUGUGUUUAGGAACUACUGAGGAUAUAAAUGCAGCAGUGAAUCAUUUACCUUUAUCAAGGUAUAUCAGACUGUGAAAUUUUUUUAUACUGGGUGAUGACUAUGGAAAGAUUCUUGCUUCCUUAUGUUAGGGAAGCAGGAGUUUGCCUUUGAAAACUGUCCCAAAUUAUAGAAGCCACAGUGUUUAUGAUGUAAUUGUGUAUUUUUUAAACAAUAGCCAGAACACAUCUAGGUAAAUUCUAAUUUCUAGGUAUAAAUGAUGUUGUAUUCAGAGAUGAUGACUGUACAUACAGGUGGUCUUUGGUUUCAGUUGCAGCUUUUAUAAAAGGGACUGAUAAAUUUAUAAACUUUUUCCUCAUUGUUUUUUUUCCUAAAGUUAAAACUAAAUUAUGUAACAAAUCUAUGCAUAUUUUAUAUGCAUAAAUAAAAAUUAUGCAUAGAACAAAAAUUUUCAUCUUUGUUUAAUUUUACAUGUCUCCAAAUUAUAUGUUUUAAACUGAAACAUUGGUUUUACAGAUUCUUUUUUUUUUUAACUAGGGAAUUGUAUUUUUUUUUUAAUUAUUUUUUCUCUUAUGGGAUUAUAUUUAUCUAUAAAGUAGAAAUUGUGUCUGGUAUAAGUUUUAAAGUGAGAGAUUUAGAAAAUAAAAAUCUCCAAAGUCUCUAGACCUUGAACCUGUAAUUUCUAAACAUCUUGCAUAACAUAUAAAGGCCUAUACAAGUGAAUGGCCAGCUCUGGCCCAUGGACCAAAUGUCUGUGGGUCAAAUGCAGCCCACUACCUGCUUGUCAUGGCCUGUGAGCUAAUAGUUAUUUACAUUUUAAAAUGGUUAAAAAAAGACUAUUUCGUGACAUACGAAAAUUAAUAUGAAAUUCAAAUUUCAGUGUCCAUGAAUAAAUAAAGUUUUAUUGGAAUACAGCCAUGCUCAUUCUUUUACUUAUUGUUUAUGGCUGCUUUUGUGUUACAACAACAGAGUUGAGUGGUUGCUAGAGAGACUGUGUAGCCACAAAACCUAAAAUCUUACUAUCUGGCCAUUUACAGAAAACAUUUGCCAACCCAUGGUUUAUUGUAUACUGUAAUGUGACUAAUGUUCCAAUGUGUUGAGAUAUUUUUUCCAACUCUUUCAGAAGUUCUUUUUUUGGAAUCAUUGUCACUCUUUUCCUAAAAGGAAAAAGAUCAAGUCACUAAGCUAAACAAACUGUGGCUCCUCGGUGUUAGUAAGGACAGUAAUCUUUAGUUUUAAGUUAUGUUGAUCCUGUGUAGUGUGGAAUGAGAUUCUUUCAGAUUGUUUGCUAUGGCUCAGUAAAAUGUAUCUUAAGAAUUUUCCAGCUAGCACAUACCACAAAAACUUUACUGUCUUUAGUAUUUGUUUGUCCUCUUAGAAGAGUCAAGUAAGGAUUUUCAAAAUUCAUGCCAUCUUUUUGAGCAGAGUAAUUAAAUGUCAUCAUUAGUUCACAGGGAUAGGAUAACUCAGAAUUUAUAUGCAUUUGUUAUGUUAUGUAAAAUAUCUAGAAGUUGUAGAUUCUAGACCUUUAGAAACACUUUGAAGAUUUUUGUUGAUUGUGGAUAGAAAAGAAAAAGGUCACAAAAAGAUGACUUGGUAUGUACUGAACUUGACAGAGGUAGUAACUGAAGAGAAAACUAUAGCUUAAGUGGAAACAUAAGAUUAAAAUAUAUACAGUUCAGUAUUUGUGAACAUCUUUUCCCUAGGGGUGUGAAUAUAGGAGAGUCUGCCAUUUGUAAAAUAGGUACCAUGGGUCUGAGGGAAGAGUAGUUGGGGCUGAGUGGGAGACGUGCUAGUGUCUAUCACAGUCUUUCUCAAUUGGGGUUCCAGGAGAGAAUCACUGAUUUCCUCUGGCAUCCGUUGUUUGUAAUGAAUUAACUUCUCUCCUGUGCAUCUAGAAUGCUUCUAAUUAUGUACCAUCUUCAGUAGAGUGAAAAUCAUUGCUCAAAUUAUUUGCUGGGUUAUGUGCUUCAAAUGAACCCAGGAAGCAUAAGGAGUCGUUGCUUGUAAGGAAUAUUACGGGAUGAGUGAGGUAGAGAAAUGAGUUACAUAAACUCCUACGGACAAAUGUGGUAUAACAAUUGCUUUGAGCUCUUUUAGAAUGUAACCACUUUUACUAUUUUCUACUUAACACAUUCAGAUGAGUCUUCUCAACUAUAUUGGGAAGUUCUUUGUCCAGUAAAUUCUAAAGUAUUUACAACUUAAUAUAGGGGAAAAAAAAAAGACAGACUUGUAAAACAGAAGAGACAGAGCAAAACCAUUUUAUGAUAAUAAUCAGAUUUUAUUUAGUUUCCUUUGUUCCUGAAAGAAUGUCAUUUUUAAUACUUUAAAGAAUAGGCUAAUCUAAGUGUUUCUUAAUAACAAUAUAUAUAAAUUAUUCUUACAAAGAAUAAUGAUACCAAUAACCAGUGACCAUUCAUAUAAAGCCUUACUUCUUAGACUUUUCUUAAAUUGACUCAAGAAAGUAAUUGCUGUAGGAGCUAAAUGAGGGUGUUAGUGGGAAAGAUGCUGAAGAAAUGAAACAAAACAGUUUAUGAGGUUAUGGUAAGCUCUGAGCAGAGUUUUUCACAUUUUUGUUCAUUGGAGUGGCAAUAUUAGUUUUUUUGAAAUAGUUUGAUGGGAAGGGAGAGAGGAUUAUGUGUUUAUUUUACUUUCUGAUGUUUACUUAAAGGAUACUGUGUAAAUUCAGCCUGCUGUAAACAUGUAACUUUGCAAUUACUUUUGGCAAACUCCUUUUUUGUAAAUGCCAUUUUUUACAAGGUCUGUGUUAUUUUUUUUCUAGUUGCUCUGAAUGUGUAUUUAGAUUUCUCAGUUUUAAAAUUGAUAUUACUGUACUAUGCGUGGAUUUAAAGUAACUAGAAAAUUCUACUGAUUUUUCUGACACUUACUGUACCUGAAAUUUAUCUCCACCAGAUUGUGCUAAAAGUAGCAGGAAGAAGUUUUUAUACACUUGUAAGUGAUAGUAUUGAUUAGUUUCUCUUAAUUUUACUAAUAUUUACUGUAAGACCGUUCUCUCCCUUUCUUUCUUCGCCUCACAGCUGCUCUCCCUCCUUUUCAUAGCACGAAGCUAUCACAGACAAAUUUGGAAAUUAGCACAGACUGUGUGUUUUGAAAUUUUAAAUUUAAAAAUAAUGUCUUUUUCAAUUGAACCUCUGGAAAGAAAAGAAAAUGAACAUAUUUACUACUUCGAAUUUGUAAAACUAUACAAAGUCUCACAUUAUUCACAAAUAAAGUACGUACAGUAAUUGAUUAAAUCACUGAUUAUAUUUAAUGGAAAUAUAUAAAACACAAAACCAUUCUCUAGUCCAUUUAAAAAUAUGUUAUUUGCUAAGGAGCUAAAUAUUUAAAAUUAACCCUAAACAAGAAUUUUAAGUAAGCUAAACAUUUUUAGAUAUACCCUUACCUAAUUGUCUAUUUACAUAUGUGAUGUGCAAGAAAAUAUUUGAUUUAUCAUUUUAUAUCUAUACUAAAGUUAUUUAAAAUUUAUCUCAUUUUGUCUUUUUCUCCACCUUGUCAUAUGUAAGAUGGAAAGAAUGGAAGGCAGUACAUAAUUUUGACAGUGACAUUUUACAGUGUUGUUAGGUGCCCUUGAGUUGGUUCCAACUUACAGCGACCCUAUAUACAUCAGAACAAGACACUAGGGAAGCUCCAUGUUGCUGACUGGGCCAUAAAAACAGCUCCCUAGUUCACCCUAAGAAGAUUGACUUUAAUGGCAAGAAAUUUUUGGGAAGUUCAAGCCUAGCACACUGAUGAAAUAAUGGAGAUCUUUGUGGUGAUGUUAGCUGUGAGUAUUUCACAGGUGCCCUUUAUUAGGUUGAGAAACUUCUGUUCCAAUUUGUUGAGUGCUUUUAUCAUGAAAGGGUAUUGCGUCUUGUAAAUUCUUUUUUUUUUUUACGU